GCAGUUCGGCCGCUUUUGUAUCUUUUCCUUGUCAAUAUUAUGCUGCCCUGGACUUAUUUCUUAGCUUCCGGACCCAGACAGUCUAUUGAUUGGAAGCGAGCCUGGGCAAAGCCAGCCUAGCCAGGGGUUGGCUCUGCGAACUCCUCGAUCGAUAGCAGUUUCUAUGGAGAAUAAUGUAACGUACCGUCAUUAUACUCAGGCAGGCAGUGAUCUACACUUGUUGACUACACUACUCGACUACGUGCAGUAAGUCGAAAUGUCUAGUCGACGCGCUACCUAUUCUGCAUCUUGCGUAACUCGGUUAUCUCCCCCGCUAGUGUAGUGUACACUACACACUACUCAGUAUAAACCAGGGGCUGCCCGGUAAGACCGUUUUCCAGGUUACCACGGUUCGAUAUUGUUGUGUUGGUUGGUAAAGAUAGAUACGUGUACAGUAGGCGAUAUUGGACAGCUUUAUUCUCGGUACCGGACUUAAGCCACUUAGAAUAACGCUGCGUUAGAAAAUUCACUCAUAAUCUAAGGGAUUUGCCUCGUGGUGAGUUAGUUCCUGGAGGGGUGUCAAAAGUUGUAUGUUUCUGAGAGCUUUCGAGCAGAGAGUAUAAAUCAUAAUGCGUAUCUAUAAGUCUGGAGAGAUCUUAAUUCCGACAGAUCAAAAUCUGACGGAGCUACUUCACUCUUCGGCACGCCCGGACCUUCCGGAGUCUCAUCUCAUUGCCAAAGACAAUCUCACAAACCGAUGCCUCACAAUAGGCCAGUUACGGGACCGCGCGGGCAAGAUUGCAAAGGGAUUCAAGCUUAAGCUCGAGCCUACUGAUCAGGCCAGAUGGGCCAUCAUUCUCCCAAAUAGUGUCGAGUUCCUAGAGCUCGUGCACUCGAUUCUCUGGACGGGCGGCGUUAUAUGUCCAAUCAAUCAUGCGUUGAAGGCGUCCGAGAUAGGACACGGCCUGUCCGUGGCGCGGCCGCACUUCGUCGUUGCGUAUGGCCCUACCGUCCCCGUGGUCCAGGAAGCCCUGAACAUUGCCAGUAAACAGCUUGCCAGCCAGGGUGUGGCUUGGGAAAAGCCCGAGAUCAUUACCAUCAUUUCACGAGUAUCGGGCCAUCUGCACGUGCCGGACGAUUUCUUCGCGCCCGAGCGCCUCCCAGUCCCGCAUUUCUCAGAUACACGGACGAGAUUAGCCAGCAUCCACCUGUCGUCCGGGACCACGGGGUUCCCCAAAGGCGUCGAACUGACGCAUUAUAAUUUCGUCGCAAACUGCUAUCAACUCUUCAACCGGGACCCCAAAGCGUUCAACUCGGACGCGCGAUGCGUGGCCUUCACGCCAUGGACGCAUAUCGGUAACACGACGAUGCCCCUAUUCUUGGGUCCUUGGACGGGGAUGCUGCACCACGCCAUGCCGACAUACAACUUCGAGGAGUACAUCAAAUUAGUAGGUUCCAACCUGUCCACCACGUUCCAGGGUGUUCCAAGCGUAGUGCUCCAGCUCGCCAACUCGGAUGCUACCUCGCGGUACAACUUCUCGCACGCCAAAGUUAUCAACGCCGGCGGCCCAUUGAAGGAAGAGCUUCAGCAGCGUUUACACAGCUUGGCUCCGUGGAAGCUGAACCAGGUAUACGGCAUGACGGAGGCCGCCGGCUACGUAGCCUACCAGAGCAUGGAUGAAAUAUUACCUCAGGCCGCUACAGGCAAGCUGCUCCCGAACAUCGAGGCCUGUCUCAAGAGAGAAGGGGCCACGGAGGAUGCGCCCGAGGGAGGGCCCGGCGAGCUAUGGCUCCGCGGCCCGAACAUCACCCGGGGCUACGCUUUCAACGAGGAGGCCAACAAGAAAGGGUUCCCGUUGCCAGGGUGGUAUAACACGGGCGACAUCUGCACAGUCGACAAUGACGGCAUGGUCAGCGUCGUGGGGCGCACAAAGGACCUGAUCAAGUACAAGGGCUUCCAAGUCUCGCCGACCGAGCUGGAGGGGUACCUCAACACACACCCGUACGUCAUCGAGGGAGGCAUCGGCCCCACGUGGGACGAGAGCCAGCUCACCGAGCUGCCCACGGCAUGGGUCAUCCUGAAAGACCACUUCAAGACGGCGGAGCAGCAGAAGGAGGCGCUCAAGCAGAUUCACCAGGACGUCGACCGCGCCGUGAGCGGCUACAAGAAGCUUAGAGGCGGCGUGUGGCAGAUCGGCCAGUUGCCUAAGAACCCGACUGGCAAGAUCCUGAGAAAACAGCUCGCUGAAAUGAGGAAUGGUUUAUGUUCGUUAGAUGAAACGCUGAGGGCUAAGCUCUAGCUGACUUUAUAGAUGCUUGCGAUCAUUUGGGGGACAUCUUUAGACUUGUAUAGAAUUCUUGAUACCAUGCUCUCUGACUGAGUUGCUUGUAUGAAAAUAUUUAAAUAAAUUUGGUUUGAUUCAUCACGGCGCCAUCAUAUGCACCUGCGUGGCUGGACUUCGGGUUGGCCUUGACCCUUUGAACCAAAAAAACGGCCCUUGAACAAUGGUGGAGCUGUCGU